AUAUAGAACAUUUUCAUUCGCUCUGCAAACGCAGUGGUAGUCAGUGAGUUAGUAAAAAUCCGGUAAAGUCAACUUGACAGCAAUCCCUGCACAAAAAUGGACUAUACUAUUGCCAUGAAUCAUUUGGCGGAAUCCGACAAGGAGAAGAGGCAAUUUAAGUUGAAAAUUACGGAGCUCGAGCACCAAAUGAAAAUGGAAAAGGAUCCAGCUCGCGCCAAGUUGAUCGGGGAGCACAUUGAGCAAUUGAAGAAACUGGAUGAGGAGACCCAAAAGGAGAACUUGGAAAUUGCCAAGAACAACGCGAUGGUACUAACGGCGAAUAAUAAGUUUAGAUUGGCGUACGAUCUUAUUAACAAUUUUUAAAUAAAACUGUUAAGCUUCUAA